AGUUUAUGGUUUGUGUUGCAAGUGUAGUGCGGUUCUUGGGUGCUUUUCUUUUUCAUGUGUAUUUGUUUUUGACUUGUGAUAAUUUUUUGGGUCUAUGAUCUUGAUUUUCAUGUGUGGAAGGUGAAAAAUGGUGACCAAAGUUGACAGAAAGAUCAGUAACUUCGGUUCCUGGAAAUCGUUUGUUUAUGAAAAGGAUGUUCGCCAUGAUUCUAAAACAGAAUUCUAAUUAUAGAUCUCAUAGAGCAAUUCUUGCUACAUGCUUGCUAAUGAAAGUGAAAUAAGACUGUUAGCCAUUUCCCUACCGCACGUUAAUACACAACAUAUUGAUAUGUAUAUAUAUUGCAGAUAGAAGCAGCUUAUCUGGUUAAAGGUGUAAUCCAUGUCGAAUUGAACUUCCCUUUUUCCCAAGCACUACAUCCAGUGGAAGAGACUGAUUCUUUUUGUAGGCAUCCACUUUGUAGCUUAAAAAGUUAAAAGCAAUGCCCUCUCUUUCCCUGAUGCUAGUUCCCAGAUGGAACUGAAUCGAGCUCUACUUUGUUUUGGUGCUUUUUGUUGAAGUUGUGUUCGCAUGCACUUUUAGAUCCACUGAGAACUGGGUUCAGGGAAUUUGAUGUUUAGGCAUUGGUAUUUGAUCCCAGCUGUUGGAAGAUCUCGGCGAGGAGUUAUGUGAGGUUAAAGACAACCAAAUAAUGCGCCUUUGAAAUAAGAACUCCAGAGGCAUGAAGUCUUGGGUAGGCUUGUACACAUAACCUGGGGUCGGAACGGCUCUAUGAGCGUGCAACUGAAAAUUAUAUGAGAAAGGCAAAAAUUUGUUGUGCUUUUUAGUUUAACUUCUUCCUUAAUAAAUAUUGCGAUUAGAGUAGUACUUUUAUGAGCUUCUGGUUUCCUUGUUUUCAAGGGAUGGAAUGAACGGAGAGUGGAAUCUGGAUUAUAAUAAUGUGAAGGAUUGAGAGUGAGCAGCAACAUGGAUGUUAACAGAGUGACGGCAAAGAGGAUGGAGAAGCUUGAUGGUCCAACCAAUCCGAUAGUUUCCCCACUUCUUACAGAUCUCUACCAAUUUACAAUGGCUUAUGCUUACUGGAAAGCUGGCAAGCAUCUUGAACGGGCUGUGUUCGAUCUAUUCUUUCGGAAGAACCCUUUUGGUGGUGAAUAUACUAUCUUUGCUGGAUUAGAAGAGUGCAUCCGAUUUAUUGCUAAUUUUAGAUUGGAGGAGGAGGAGAUUGCAUUCCUACGGUCUGUCUUGCCUUCCACAUGUGAUGCUGGCUUCUUUGAUUACCUUGAAGGAGUAGACUGCUCAGAUGUGGAAGUGUAUGCAAUUCCUGAGGGCUCUGCUGUUUUCCCAAAAAUACCUUUGUUGAGAGUUGAAGGACCUGUUGCCGUUGUGCAAAUCUUAGAAACACCUUUUCUGAACUUAAUAAACUAUGGAUCACUAGUUGCCACAAAUGCUGCCAGACAUCGCAUGGUUGCUGGAAAAUCAAAAGGUUUGCUUGAAUUUGGACUCCGACGAGCACAGGGGCCUGAUGGUGGAAUAAGUGCAUCAAAAUACUGCUAUAUUGGUGGAUUUGAUGCCACAAGUAAUAUUGCUGCUGGAAAGAAGUUUGGGAUACCACUUCGAGGAACACAUUCCCAUGCAUUUGUUAGUUCAUUUACGAGCCCGGAUGAGAUUAUAGAUAAAGUACUUCCUAGAUGUGACAACCCUGAUUCCUCUGAGGACUUUGUCAGUUUGGUGCAGUCUUGGCUAUGUAAACUGCAGGCAGCUGAUUCAUUACGUGGUACUUUUAGGGAAACCAAUUUGAGUGAGUUAGCAGCUUUUACAUCAUAUGCGCUGGCACUUCCAAGUAGCUUUCUGGCUCUUGUAGACACAUAUGAUGUGGUGAGGAGUGGGGUGCCAAAUUUUUGUGCAGUUGCCUUAGCCCUGAAUGAUUUGGGGUAUAAAGCAAAUGGUAUUAGGUUAGAUUCUGGUGAUCUAGCCUAUCUGUCUAUUCAGGCACGUAAGUUCUUUUGUGCUGUUGAAACGGAGUUUGGAGUCUCCGGUUUUGGGGACAUGAAAAUUACUGCAAGCAAUGACAUCAAUGAAGAAACAUUGGAUGCAUUGAAUAAACAGGCGCAUGAGGUGGAUGCAUUUGGCAUUGGCACGCAUCUUGUCACAUGCUAUGCUCAGCCUGCUCUUGGUUGUGUUUUCAAGUUGGUUGAGAUAAAUAACCAACCCCGUAUCAAACUUUCCGAAGAUAUCUCCAAGGUUUCAAUACCAUGUAAAAAGCAGUGCUAUAGAUUGUAUGGAAGGGAGGGUUAUCCUUUGGUAGACAUUAUGACUGCAGAAAAGGAAGCACCUCCAAAAGUAGGUGAACGUAUUUUGUGCCGUCAUCCAUUCAACGAGUCUAAGAGGGCAUAUGUGGUGCCACAACGAGUUGAGGAACUCCUGAAGUGCUAUUGGCCUGGUAAAUCAGGCAAGCAAAGAGAAGAAUUACCUACACUUUCAGAAAGCCGUAAACGAUGUAUGGAGCAGUUAGAUCAAAUGCGUCCAGAUCAUUUGCGGAGGUUGAACCCCACCCCUUACAAGGUAAGCGUAAGUGCAGAGCUGUAUGACUUCAUUCAUUUCUUGUGGCUUAACGAGGCCCCCGUUGGUGAGCUGCAAUAAGGAUCUAGACAGCAGUGGUAAGGCUUAAUCAAUCAUGAAGAACAGGAUGAGCAGUUCCAUUUAAAAAGACUGAAGAAUUUGUUGCUUGUUUAUCUAUUCGAUUUUGAGACCCAUUGUUCUCUAGCUGUCGAGUUUCCAGCUGAAACUUAACAAUUUAUUCCAAUUCAAGCUUUUAAUAUUUUCA